AGUAAAGGCAGCAAUGUCGGUCCAUCCCACCCGAGCAGUACGUUACACUAUACACAGACAAGAUGGCAGCUUCAUUGGAAGACGAGUUUGAAGAUGCGCCUGAUGUGGAGCCCUUAGAACCAACUCUUAAGAAUAUUAUCGAGCAGAAAUCUCUGAAGUGGAUAUUUGUAGGUGGAAAAGGUGGUGUCGGUAAAACGACAUGCAGCUGUAGCCUGGCUGUCCAGCUGGCUGCGGUCAGGGAGAGCGUCCUCAUCAUCUCCACAGAUCCUGCCCACAACAUCUCUGAUGCUUUUGACCAGAAGUUCUCAAAGGUGCCUACGAAGGUCAAGGGCUAUGACAACCUCUUUGCAAUGGAGAUUGACCCAAGCCUGGGUGUGGCAGAGCUGCCUGAUGAGUUCUUUGAAGAGGACAACAUGCUCAGCAUGGGCAAGAAGAUGAUGCAGGAAGCCAUGAGUGCCUUCCCCGGGAUCGAUGAGGCCAUGAGCUACGCAGAGGUCAUGAGGUUAGUGAAAGGAAUGAACUUCUCAGUAGUUGUCUUUGACACUGCCCCCACUGGCCACACCUUGCGGCUGCUUAACUUCCCCACCAUUGUGGAGCGUGGGCUGGGCCGCCUCAUGCAGAUCAAGAACCAGAUCAGCCCUUUCAUCUCCCAGAUGUGUAACAUGCUCGGUCUGGGUGAUAUGAACGCAGACCAACUCGCCUCUAAGCUCGAAGAGACCCUGCCAGUCAUCCGCUCAGUCAGUGAGCAGUUCAAAGACCCUGAACAGACCACCUUCAUCUGUGUUUGUAUUGCUGAGUUCCUCUCCUUGUAUGAGACAGAGCGGCUGAUCCAGGAACUGGCCAAGUGCAGCAUCGACACGCACAACAUCAUUGUCAACCAACUUGUUUUCCCUGAUGCAGAGAGGCCAUGUAAAAUGUGUGAAGCCCGCCAUAAAAUUCAGUCCAAGUAUUUAGACCAGAUGGAAGACCUUUAUGAAGAUUUCCACAUAGUGAAGUUGCCGCUGUUGCCCCAUGAAGUUCGAGGUGCCGACAAGGUCAACACGUUCUCUAAGCAACUUCUGGAACCCUACAAACCCCCAAACAAGUGAUCUAACUUCCUGUAGCUCCCUGCAGGACUCACCCGCCCCCUUUACAGACCUCCCCUCUAUUUACAGUCUGCGUUCCACUCCUUUGUGCCCCCUCCCAAACCAGCCUCAAACCCCACAGUAACAGCCUCAAGAAGAUCCACUCAGUCGUCAGCCCGCCAUCCACAGCAGAGCACUUCUACGGCAAGACACAGGCCCUUAACAAUGGGCAGCUGGGACACUAAAAAAAAAUUACACACAUUCAUAUUCUGAUAUAUCGUUAGAGGCAGUGCAGGUGGUGCAGCCUUCCUCUGUGUUCAUAUCCUCUGUGUAGCAGUUGAACUAUUCCUACUCAAAACAUUAAACUUUUUCUUAACAAACCCCUCCCCAUAUUUUCCCUCCAUCUGACAAUGUCCAGCCUCAUUUGUGAGUAACUUCCAAAUGUUUUCAGUGACGGUGCUGUGUUCCUCAUUUCACACGGUUGAUGUUUAUUGUGUGCUUCGGUGGCUGUGUGCAUUGUCCAGUUUGACUUUUGACUAAAAUUUCACAAACUCAUCCCGCAGGAAGUGCCAUCCAACUGUCGACAGAUUUAGGGUGUGACGGCAGGGCAGUUAAGACACACUUUAAAAAAAACUUGUAGUCUUAAGUAAUUUUUGUUCUUGGCCAAGACCAACCUUGUUAUUGCAUUAAAGAAAAUUGAAGCAGUCCAACGUGCGUGCUUUACCAUUUGUCAAACUUAUGCCACGAACUUAAGGUGUAAACGCAGUUUUCUGAUGUCAAUGAGAUUUGGAAUAAAGUCAAACUGGGAGCUUUAUAUCUAUGCUUAUGUUAUUGUUUAAGCUGGUCAGUCUUAAUGGCCUCCGUGGUUGCUACAGGCAGUACAUGGUUGGAGCACCAGCACCAGUUUGGAGAAUUAUGGCAAAAAUGUGUGACGAGACGUUUGAGUGUCAGGAAGCGAAAAAGACACGGAUCAACUCCCAACACAAGUUCCCAUACAUUGCGGUGAAAUUGAUCAAAUACUCUGUUAAUCAUUUUGUCUCCAGCCUGUUUACUGGCAGUUUUAGCCUAUGGGAACACUAUUGAAAGAAAUUACUAGCCUUAUUUAGUGCAUUGUCAAUUAAAAAUAUAUUGAAUGUUGCUUGAUCAAUGAAUGUUGAGUAAAGCAUCCUUGCCCUGGUCGUUGACAAAUGGACUCCUGAUUGGCUCACCUCUGUUUUCACAACAGAAAAAUAUAUAUAAUAUAUAUAUAUUAACAAUGGUUAAUUUCUCCCCUAUGCUCCUCAAGCUGUUUUUUUUAUCAAUUAUUUAGCAAGUGUUAAUUAAAACCAAAUUUCCUCA